UGAAUCACGAAUCGUGCUGAUAUCGAGUCUAUUGGUUUCGAGUGAAAUCACGCACGGCUCUAAUUCGCUCAUACGCACUUUCCGCUGACGUUUCUCUCAGCAACACACACACACACACACACACACACACACACACACAGUGUGCUAGCGUGACCAGAAAAAGGGCUGCUCGAUAACAGAGAAGCAAAAGAAACAGCAGCAGGAGUCGAGAACAGACUAAACAAGGCCGUGGACGCGGUUCUGAGGAAGGAGAGAGACAGACAGAGAGAGUGAGACUGAGUAAGAGAGACACUGGGCUCUAACCAUGCCACUGUUUGGUAAAUCUCACAAGAGUCCCACAGAUAUUGUGAAGGCUCUUAAGGACAACCUGUCCAUCCUGGUCAAGCAGGACAAGAAGACAGAGAAGGCCUCCGAGGAGGUGUCUAAAUGUCUGGUGGCAAUGAAGGAGAUCCUGUACGGCACCAACGACAAGGAGCCACACACGGAAACGGUGGCCCAGCUGGCCCAAGAGCUGUACAACAGCGGCCUGCUCAUCUCCCUGGUGGAGAACCUGCAGGUCAUCGACUUUGAGGGGAAGAAGGAUGUGUGUCAGAUCUUCAACAACAUCCUACGCAGGCAGAUUGGCACCCGCAGUCCCACAGUGGAAUAUUUCUGCUCCCAUCAGGAAGUGCUCUUUAUUCUGCUCAAAGGGUAUGAGACUCCUCAGGUGGCACUGAACUGUGGCAUCAUGCUGCGCGAGUGCAUCCGGCAUGAACCGCUCGCCAAAAUCAUCCUGCACUCAGAGCAUUUCAACGACUUUUUCAGCUAUGUGGAAAUGUCAACGUUCGACAUCGCCUCUGAUGCCUUCGCCACCUUCAAGGACCUUCUUACAAGGCACAAGGUUCUAGUGGCAGAGUUUUUAGAACAGAACUACGACGCAGUCUUUGAGAACUAUGAGAAGCUGUUGCACUCUGAAAACUAUGUGACAAAGAGGCAGUCACUGAAGCUGUUGGGCGAGCUCCUGCUGGACAGACACAACUUCACUGUGAUGACGAGGUACAUCAGCAAGCCGGAGAACCUCAAACUCAUGAUGAACCUGUUGAGAGACAAAAGUCCAAAUAUCCAGUUUGAGGCAUUCCACGUCUUUAAGGUGUUUGUGGCGAACCCUAACAAAACACAGCCCAUCAUAGACAUCCUACUGAAGAACCAGACGAAGCUCAUCGACUUCCUUAACAACUUCCAGAAGGACCGCACAGACGACGAGCAGUUUAACGACGAAAAGACGUACCUCAUUAAACAGAUACGAGACUUAAAGAAACCCACCUCCUAAACCUUAGCUAGCGAUCGCGUUAUUAAGCACCUCAUCUUUUUACUGAGGAAAAAUAAACAGAAAAAAAAAUCACAAAAAUCUAUUAACAAUAAUAAUUCUAUUUAAGAUCUUAAACAUUUGUCUUUUCUUAGUCAUGAGGCUCGCAAGUGAUAGUUUUCAAUCACUGAUGUUCAGUUAUUUUCUUCCUUUUUUUAUUUCCUUUUUCUUUGUUUUUGUUUUUUUUUUGUUUUGUUUUUUUAAACUUUCUUUCAUAAGACAUUUGUUAGUUUUAACAUCGAGUUGUGUGCCACAAUAGGAUGUGAUUUAAAAAAAAAAAAAAAAAAUGAAACUUAAAGGCAAACAAUUUAGUUUCAGGAAGAACCAAAGCUGGUAGCAGCCUCGAGAGACGUGGGUGAGUCACGAGGACCUAAGAGAACGAUCGACACUUUUUUGGUUUUUACAUUCUGAUAAGCUCAUAUUUUCUCUCUCUCUCUCUCACACACACACACACACACACACCCCUGAUCCGAGUGCAGUUCACACAGCAGCAGUUUGGCCUCGAUCUUGUACAGUUUGUAGCUGUAGUCGUGGAGUUGUAGGAAAGGAGGAUGCAUUCCCCAGCUAUUUAUAAAACUGAUUUUCACACGUUAGUAACUUCAUUCUUGCAUUCCUGUAUAUUCUUUUUUUUUUUUCUUUCUUUCUUUCUUCUCUAGCGCCUCCUGGUACUGAUGGUAUACGCUGAACUUUCGUACUUUUCUCACUCCUGUAUGGCUUACUGCCAACUUCGGAUGGGUUCAAAUUUACCAAAAUAAACAGUCAUGUUAUCCCUGUUUGCUGGGGUUUUUUCAGUAUUUUACUUGUCGGGUUUCAGCCAUUGAUCAGUGGCGCAGUUUAUCUGUCUGUAUGCUUUAUAAAUUUAUUUUUUUAGUUAUCAAAUUUCUGCUUGUGAAACAGGGCUGUGUAACUAUUCACUUCGUACUUGACAACAUGUUUACCUAUCACAUGUUUAAAGCUGGUUUUAGUCUGUAUGCGAGUGCCCUUUUAUAAAACCUAGUAAACAUCUAUCGGCACUUUGCGUGAUGUUUUGCAGUGAGGCUGGAAUUAGAGUUGUGCUAUAGUACUAAAGCUUAGAGUUCUGUGCUAGUACUGUAGUGUAUCCAGAGCUCUAAUCUUCCUAUAGGACCUGCUAUAGGAGUCACGUAGUUUAAUCCCACUAAUACUCUUUCUUGUACACGUUUAUUAUGUUGCAGUGGGGCGGUUCUGUGCUGUAUUUCUGCAGUACUCCAAUGUAUUUCUCUCUCUUCUCUUCAUUAGCUGGUAUGUUAGCUCUUCAUAGUGAUUUUGAACGUUUAGCUCAAACUUAAACGGAACCGUCGAGGACACGAUCAUUCAAAACAGGUGCCUUUUGUUGUUGUUUUAAAUGUAUUCCUGUUUUUUUUUUCCUCAUGCUUUUUGUAUUUUUAAACAGAUCUUUCUAGGGGGAGCUUAAUUUAAUUUUGUUGUUCAUUUUAAAUAUGUUCUAGUGGAGCAUAUUUUGAAUUGAUUAAGCAGUGAACCUCUUAACUCACUAUAUUUGAGUUACUCUGAUGAAAAACCUUCUUCAUUCUUUGCUUUCAGUCGCUGCACUUGGUUGAUUGAUUCACUUGUAUGAUUGUAUCAUUAGAUUAAGUGGAGCUUGUAUGCUGAGGUGGACUUGACCCAAUGUUGUUUGCCAAUUAUGUGAAAUUUGUUCUAGAUGUCCAUUAUACAUACUGAAUUUUUUUUUUUUCCUUCAUCCUUUCCCUUUUUUUCCUGUAAUAUUUUAUUAUCAUUAUAAGAAGCCAACCUGGAUCAAAAUUCAUUGGUUAUAAUGCCCAAAUGUGGAACAAAUACAUCACACACUACUGACACUGCUUCUGCUCCUCCCAGUUUGAAUUAGCAUUCAGAGCUCAGGUGGGCAUCAGGCUGCUCAGUACUGUGUAAUGUAAAGUGAAUCAUAGAACAUUAAACCCUUCAGCAGGGGAACCAUUCAACUAUAUUAGCCACUUGAGCCAAGUUUAUUCAAUAUCUUCACAUCCUUACAUACGUGUUACAAUGAAUGGAAAAAAAAAAACUUUGAGACUUCAAGUCUGAAAUCUUUCCCAAUGCCACCCACAUCGCAUCCUUUCUUCUUCAGUGCUAAUUGUACCAUAUCACCAAUAAAGCAAAAUUCAAGCAUUA